AUGGCCCGCUAUAACCCCUUCUCCUUCACGCCUGCGCCCGUCAUCUUCUUCACCACCGCCCUCUACGUCGGUCUGUUAGCUGUUCUGCUCACUACCCACCUGACCGUCCCGGACUAUCCCUCGCAUCCUCCUCCGGGUAUCAACCUUUCCCAAGCUUGGGCAGACCUCCAACACAUCACCCGCUUCUUUCAUCCGUACAAUAGCCAUGCUAAUGAUGACGUGCAUCAAUACCUUCUCUCACGCAUCCAGGCCAUCGUCGCUGAAAAGGAUGUCCAGCCUGGCCAGAUUGAAGUGCUCAAUGAUUCAACCGCAAAUGUCACCUUCUCAUCCGGCACCACUUCUGUUUAUUUUGAAGGGACCAAUCUGAUCGUCGCCAUCCGUGGCUCCCAGGACGAUGAACCCUUCAACUCCGCUGAGCGCAGACCAGACAAUGGCGGCGUUCUUGUCAAUGCACACUAUGACUCUGUGAGCUCCGGCUACGGAGCAACUGACGAUGGCGUCGGUGUUGUAACAGUACUCCAGCUCCUCUCGUACUUUACUGAAUCCCGCAACUGGCCCAAGCGGACGAUACUUCUUUUGCUGAACAACGGCGAAGAAGACUACCUGAAUGGCGCCAGGGCUUUCAUGAGAAAUCCCAUCUCUCAAGUUCCCCAUACUUUUGUCAACCUGGAGGGCGUUGGUGCUGGUGGCCGAGCUGCCCUCUUUAGAAGCACAGACACUGAAGUGACGCGCUUCUAUAGAAAGUCGAAACAUCCUUAUGGAACAGUUGUGAGCGGCGAUGGCUUCAAAAAGGGCCUCGUUCGUAGUGAGACCGAUUAUCGCGUCUUCCAUGGCGAUCUUGGUCUCCGGGGGCUUGACAUCGCUUUCCUGGAGCCCAGAGCACGGUACCAUACAAUCGAAGACUCCGCACGAGAAACAUCCAUAAAGUCCAUUUGGCACAUGCUAUCGGCAGCUUUGGCUUCAACUGCCGGACUGGCCUCUGUAACCGGUACCCAGUUCAGUGGCCCGGAGACUGUUGACAAUGGCAGAGUUAAUGCAGGCACUGGCAGCGACAGCGUCUGGUUCGAUCUUUUCGGCAAAGUUUUUGUUGUGUUUCGUCUACACACUCUGUUCGCGUUAUGUGUCACCAUGUUGGUGGUCGCGCCUCUUGUCCUCAUUGGCCUUACUGUGGGACUUUCACGGCUUGACAAGAAUUACCUGUUUGCUCGCAAGGCAUACGUCUACUCGCCAGAUGAUGACCAUCCAGUACACCUUUACGGUUGGCGAGGCUUCUUCCGAUUCCCCAUCAUCUUUGUUGCUGCCACAGCCAUCGUCGUCGCCUUAGCUUAUCUCAUCGUUCGUUUCAAUGCCAUGAUCAUCUAUAGCAGCCCCUUUGCUGUCUGGAGUAUGAUGCUCUCUGCUUGGUUCACAGUCGCCUGGUUCUUGUCCCGUGGCGCAGACGCCAUGCGACCCUCUGCUCUUCAGCGCAUGUACGCAUUGAUAUGGUUGUUCAUCGGGUCCUUCAUCCUCCUCAUCGUGGUCACCGUCUUCGUCAACAAUUACCAAGUAGCAGGCGGCUACCCGAUGCUCUUCUACUUUGCUGCCGUAUUCGUCGCCAUCCUACUCUCAUAUCUAGAGCUCUUCUUUGCACCGACAAAAUCCGCGUACGCACGUCAUAUCGAUCAAGCGAACCACUUGCGUCAAGAUUCAGAAGCCACCAGUCGCCCUGUCACUGGUAGUACCAGCGCGUCACGGUCGGACGAGCGCGCAGUACCAGAUGAGGAUGCGACUGAAACUACAUCUCUGUUGCGCGGUAAUCGCCGCGGGUUCGCAAGAUACGGAACCAGGCGAGACUCCACCAGCGACGGAAGCGACGAUCAUGCACGGCGAAUGGAUCCCGGGACUGUUUAUCCUGGGGAGCAGGAGUGGAGCGGCAAAUUACCAAGCUGGAUCUGGAUCAUCCAACUGCUGCUCUUGGCGCCCAUCGUCAUCAUCUUAGUCGGACAGGUGGCUCUGCUUCUGACAUCGGCUCUCUACCAGACGCCGUCAGAUGGCAACUCGACAUUGUUCAUCUACCUCGCUAUUGCGUCGCUCAGCGUGCUGUUGCUGACGCCCAUCGGCCCAUUCAUUCACCGUUUCACCUACCAUGUCCCGACCUUUCUAUUCCUCAUCUGUGUUGGGACUGUCAUUUACAAUCUGGUGGCAUUCCCCUUCAGCAGGGAUCAUCGCUUAAAGGUCUACUUUGUUCAGCGAGUCAACUGUGAGACAGGUGUCAAUACCGUAUCCCUGACUGGUGUGGAUGGCUACGUGCAGCGCAUUGUCAGCGAAAUACCCAGUGCGCAAGGCACGCAGGUCAGUUGCAUGACGCCUGACGUUGCGACACGUAAGGAGCUCAAGACGUGCGAAUGGCAGGGCCCACCGGCCAAAGUAGUCUCGACCACAGCCACAGCCCGAACUCUAUCGGAUCACAAGCCCGCAACCGACGAAUGGAUCGAUUACACGAUUUCCAAGAGCAACAGCUCCAACUCAGCGACAAUACGUGUCAUCGGCCAAAACACGCGAGCAUGCCGGAUUCUGUUCGACUCCCCCAUCACCGACCUAGCCGUUGCUGGCGCCGUUUCAGAUCCCCGCUUUAAGCCUGUUGGCACAGCGGGAUCCCGGGAAGUGCGCCUCUGGCAUCGUAAAUUUGGUCAGCCCUGGAACGUAAGCGUGAAAUGGAACGCCGAAGAACAAUCCAAGCUUUCUGGAAGGGUUGUGUGUCUGUGGUCGGAUGCCAACGCCGGUGACAUCCCUGCUUUUGAUGAGGUACAGCAUUACCUCCCUGUAUGGGCGAUACCGUCGAAGAUUAGCGACGGCUUGGUCGAGGGUUUUAAGCGGUUCGAAUUUUGA